AUGGCAGCCUCGGCGGCGUCCUACAAGGAACGGCAAUUCCUCGCUGUCAUUGGCGACGAAGACUCCGUUACCGGUCUCCUCCUCGCUGGUAUCGGUCAUGUCACAGACGGCCCAGACGCUCAGCGAAACUUCCUCGUCGUCGAUUCCAAGACCGAGACAUCUACUAUCGAGAAGGCCUUCCAGAACUUCACCCAGGAGAGGAAAGACAUUGCCGUGCUGCUGAUCAACCAACACAUUGCCGAACGCAUCAGACACAGCGUCGACUCCUUCGCAGACCCGUUCCCCGCCGUGCUCGAGAUCCCCAGUAAAGACCAUCCCUACGACCCCGAGAAGGACAGUGUGCUCAAGCGCGUGCGGCGGCUAUUUGGGGAAUAG